AAGUCAAUGUGUUUGGAGAAACCAUGAAUUAAAUUCUGAAAUUCUUUCAAUGGCUGAUAUAGACUAUUCGAACGCACAGAGAAACGACGGUGUUUUCAACAACAAGGAUGAACACCAAAGUUUGUUAAACACACCAAAAAAUAUCUCUUCCCUUUUAACAGACGAAAGGUUAAAUUGCAAAUGUGGCGCAAAAAGACACUUGAAUAAAAUAAAGAUAGAUUUAGAUCGCAAAACUAAUAUUUUACAACGUGAAAGACAAAAUCUUAGAAACAAAUAUGAAGAUUUUGAGCAGAAGCAGAGCAGAUUAGCUGAAGCCAUGAAUCAACACUCCUUCCAACAAGAACAACUUGAUUACUAUAGAGCAUACCUACAAGAUAGACAGAAUAGGAUUUCUACCCUAUACCACAAGCUUGAACUGGCUCAAGAUGACCUGAAACAAAAGAUUCAAGAGUUCCAGUCUCUGGAAAUUGAUUGUAAGAAGAAAAGAGCCGAAUAUGAAACUGGUUUAGAGAAUUUGAAACGUAGGGAGAUGAUGGUUUCUGAAACCACUGGAGCUUUAACCUCGAAAAAGGAAGAACUUGAAAAGCUAGAAAACACAAUCUUGAGACUGACUGAAAAUAUAAAAUCCCAACAAGAACAAUUUACUUUAACAAAAGAAAGGAUUCAAACGGAGCUACGUCAUCAUAACCAACGAAUCUCUGAAGAGAACGAACAAAUUGAAUCCAUUAAGAAAAGGUUAGCUGAGAAGGAGAAUGAUCUGAGAAGAGAAAGGGACAAUCUUGAGGAAACCUUGAGAUCUAAGUCGUUUGAACUGGAACGUAAAUUAAAAGAGGCUUCAGACGUUGUGGAAUACACUACAAAGCUCGCUGAUCAAAUGAAACUCAAGGAUGAGGAUUUGAAGAAACAGAAGGAGUUGAUUUCCCUUGAAUGGUCAAAAAUUAAUGAUGAGAAGCAAAACCUAAAUAUUGAGAGAAACCGAUUAAACACUCUUGAGAGAGACCUACUGACCAAGUCUAGACAAUUUGAUUUAUCACAAUCUCAACCCGAUUUAACUAUUAAUUACCCUAAUAUACUUAGUGAAUCAACACUGAGAAACAUUUCUGACGACUCUGAAAAGAAGCUUGAUCAUUUGAAACAGCCACUUUUUGAUUUUAAAAAUAAAGAAGAUGAAUUCAGUGAAUUAACGUCUCAAUUGAGAAAUAAAGAACUGGGGAUUAAAGCUAGAGAACUGGAGUUAGAAAAAUUAGAAACAAGAUUAAAUAAAAGGAAACUUGAUUUAGACUCCAGAGAGCAAAAGUUAAAUAAUCUUAAAAACGAAAUUAACAAAAUGAAUAGGGAUCUUGAUAAUAAAAAGGACAGGUACAAACAAUUAGAAUCACAAUUAAAUGAUUACAAGGAUAGAAUGACUAUGCUUUCCAUUGAAAGAAAUAGUUUAGACGGUCAAAUCGAACAGUUCAAAGCUAAGAAAAAUGCAAACCGACAACAACUAAAUACUAUAAAUCAACGAUUAUCUCUCAAACGGAAGAAAAUGGAGGAAAGUGUUAAUCAGCUUGAUAGUAAAUUUAACCAUUCUGACUUGUUAAACAAGUUAAAUUCAGUUGGUAGUAAUAAAAGGUAUAAACCAUUUUUAAUCGCAGAUGAUCAAGCUCUGAAUUAGUACACAAUUGUAACCUAUUAAAUUCAUAAAAUUAUUUUGUUUUAACAACUGUAAUAACAUUUUAAAAAUGACAAAAGUCAUUAACUAUAAUAUAC